AUACACAGAUCGAUCUAUCAUAACUGGCGAAAGAACCAAAGCAUCCAAAACAAAAUCGCAUAGCCAAGCAUUAAACGCUAGCCAUGACAGAUCCUCAGUCUUGGUUCAACUUCAUCCCUCUUCUUCAUCCUCCUCAUCACUGUUCUUCCUUUACUACUUCUCAUCAAUUCAACGCCUGUAAUUCCUUAUACCCUCCUCAUGCUCAGUACUCUAAUAAUCACUGCACAUCAUCUUCCAUUCAAUACCAAAGCUCUUCUAGUUUCUCCACUUUAGGCCAUCCUCCAAGUUCCCCUCCUCUCAAAGAAGCCCUGCCUCUCAUAAACAAUUUAAGCCUCACAACAAGCGAACCCUCAAAAAGAGCCCUAGAAGAGGAAGAGGGGGAAAAGAAUGAGAGAAUGGAGAAAGAAUAUGAAGAAGAUGACGACGAAGAUGAUGAUGAUAGAGGAACCGUGACGGUAGCCCUAGGAAUAGGGCUUCCUACUAGCAUGAGCACUUCUUCUUCUUCUCCACCUCCUUCUCAUAUGGGUUCAAGAAGCCAGAUUUCAAAGGCUGUUGAAAUGGCUGAAAAAGAGGAACUUGGUUUGGUUUCUGGAUACCCUUUGGAGAGAUUAAACAAGGGUCAGUAUUGGAUUCCAACCCCUUCUCAGAUUCUCAUUGGCCCUACUCAGUUCUCCUGCCCUCUCUGCUUAAAGACUUUCAAUAGAUACAAUAAUCUUCAGAUGCAUAUGUGGGGACAUGGAUCACAAUACAGAAGAGGAGCAGAUUCUCUAAAAGGGACACAACCAACGGGAAUGCUAAGACUCCCAUGUUACUGUUGUGCACCAGAUUGUAAGCACAACAUUGAACAUCCACGAGCAAGGCCUUUGAAGGACUUCAGAACUCUGCAGACUCACUACAAGAGAAAGCAUGGCAUCAAACCCUACAUGUGCCGGAAGUGCGGGAAGCCGUUCGCCGUCAAAGGCGACUGGAGGACUCACGAGAAGAACUGCGGCAAGCUCUGGUACUGUCGUUGUGGUUCUGACUUUAAACACAAAAGGUCUCUUAAAGAUCACAUCAAGGCCUUUGGCCAUGGCCAUGCAGCUUGCUGCUUGCAUGAAGAAGACGAGCCAGCUUCUGACAUUGAACAAGAUGGUGAAAACCCCUAGCUAGCUCGGUUUGAUUCUAUUUUAGUUUCUGAUGUGAUCAGAUGGAUGAUGAUAUUCCAGUUUCAUUUCACAUCAUAUAUAUAUAUAUAUAUAUAUAUAUGCUAGCUUGUACUAAUAUAUCUAGAUGUAUUCGUUCUCUCUUAUAUGUGUUUGA